AUGGUAUCCACUCCCCCUCCUCCUCGUCGUCGAUACUCCUCAAGAAUAAUAGGUACAGUGAGCGGCAGGGAAGUAGCACCAACACCAGCUAUGCUCUCGUCCCAGUCCGAUGGCUCGAAUCAGAGUUAUUAUGUAUCUUCACAACGGAUGCCUAUUCGGACACCACGACGAGGCGGUGAACACUACAGUAGCAAUAGAGAUUCUAUGCAUGAUCGGUACCUCUCGAGAGGCACCACUGGCCUAACAUCUACCCAAGCUAAUUAUCUAGUAGCUAUUGCAGUUGUAGUUAUAUCCUUUAUUGGCUUAUACGUAUACUAUACAGCACCUGUUGAUGCUGUUACUCCAACUGUGGGCCCAACACUGACGUCAACUAUACCUGAUUAUUCUAGGCGAGUAGAGAAAGAAGUGGUAUUUGAUAAGGUGUGGCAAGAGGAAAGGAAGGAGUUGCAAGACGAGCUAAAGCGGGCCUACGAUGCUCUUAAGGCAUUUAAGGAGCACUCCGCUGAGGAUAGGAGGGCCCUAGCCAAGAUGGAAGCUGAUAUCGUCCAGAGGGAUGAGCGCAUACAGGACCUUGCACAGGAGAGUACUAGAGUAGAGCAGUUGGAGAGGCAUAUACUUGGGCUCGAGGAGGAGGUCCGAACCUUACAGGCUGCUGCUGCUACUACCCAACGCAGUAUGCCGGUGGAUGAUGCUCAUGUGGUGGUAGAGGAAGAGAAUGGCUUCUACUACUAUGUUGUUGGUGUGGCAUUGGUCGUACUGGCAUUGGUGGAGAUCCUCUCAUCUAGGGCUGAUGCUAGGCUUCAGGUGUACUCUGUAGAGGCCAACGAAAGGGCAAAGAAGGCUACUACUGUCCUCAAGGAGGCAAUGGAGACUUGUAGGGCAUUGACUGAGGACAAGGAGGCUCUAAUGGAGCAACUGGAGAAAGCCAUACACGAUAAGGAGGAGAAUGCCUCAGCUCUGGCUGACUCCUUGGCGACGUUGGCCUCUAGUCGGGAUGAAUUUACGAGGUUCUCUGAGGAGCAAGCCAAGAGGGAGUUGGCUCUGCUUGAUCGAUUGGCGGAUAGCCAGAGUGCUAUGUCCAGUGCUCGUUCUAUGGCCAGUCGAGCAUUGGAUCUCAAGUUGGCUCCCUCUCACGAUGCUCAUCAGAAGCCACCGGCAUCUACUUUGGAUGGCAAGUUGAUGUCCCCUAGAGAGGAAAGGGAAGUCGACUUGAAUGGAACCUCAACAGCAUCGACCUGUCCACCGUCUAAUACCACUGGUGGUACCGCUUCGGAUACCCAACCUAUGACCUCUUUCUUGCUCCCAUCCUUCACUCCAGCUAGGAAGGCUGUGCAGGCUGAGGAAGUAUAUGAUACUGUAGUUGACGAAGAGAGUGUAGAUAGUAGUAGCACACCCCAUAGAGGGACUAGAUGCAGUGACGAUUCUUCGGGUGGUGUCGCUGAAGCUGUGGGGGAUCUCGCUUCACCAUGGCGGGCAUCAGCAGGAAUAAUGUCCACUCCUGUUACUGUGAGAUAUGAUUCUUAUGAGGAAGAACAGAGUUGGAUGACCCCCGGAGCGGACUCUCCUGAGUCGGUUACACAGCUAUCCCCUGGUGACACUAUGCAGCACCAUCAUCAGCAAGAGCCCGAGGAGGAGGAAGAACUGAGUCCACUACAGAUGGAGACCCCUGUGAGGGAAGUCGACGACGAUGCGGCCAUAGCAGGGCAGCAUCCUGAUGGAGUUAAUCUAGUUAAUGUUGUGUCUAACAUCGAUGCAUUGAUACGUAGUAAUACUGCUGCUGCCGAGGGUAUGAGCCCACUAGAUGUGGUAUCAGAGGCACCAUCAGUGAAUAGGACAGCAGUUAUGGCUAACAGGAGGAGGAGAGUUAGUAGUAUAGACAGGACCACUUGCCCUUUAAGAACACCAAGGAGCAACUCUCCUACUAGGAACAGUAGGUCCUCUACUCCAGCCUCGACUCCACCUCGCGCCAAUGUUAAAAUAGCAGGUCAUCCUAAGUCCCAUCCUAGAGCUCAUGUUAAUAGAUUACCACUAGAUAGGCUCAGCUUCACUACGGGUGCCACGACUAUAGGGUAUAGUAGGCGACGUCUAGUAGACCCACCGCCGGAUAGCGCUAGACGUGGCUCUACCGGUUCCAUGUCUGACCAUCGUCCUCAUGAGGAGUCAGCGCAUCGAUGUGUCGUGAUGGCCCCUAGUAGCAGUGGUGGAGUAGUCACUAAAGGAGGCCUAAGUAGGCGUAAAGAAGGAUAUGCUACUAGUGUGACGACACCAACAUCCUCUGUUAAAGGGAGUCAAUGUUCCGCUGACCGUCCAAGAUGGCGGAACUGAACUGCAUUAUGAUAACCAUUUAUCCGAUAAUGACUUUAUCAUUAUAUUAAUAAUCAAUACCUAUCUGAGCCAUAUUUAUAUUACUGCGCAUCAUCCUAGUAAUGAUAAUAUGGUUUCGCAUGGUCUACUGCAUAGUA